AAUAGAGAAGAAGCAGUGAAGAAGAGGAAAGACGCGUCAAAGAAGAAACGAGAUGCGGCUGCGGCAAAGAAGAAGAGAGAUGCCGCUACGGCUGCAGCAAAGAAGAAAGACGCAGUGGCGAGGAAGAAGGAAAAAGAGGCAACAGCAAAGAAGAAGACUGAAACCGCGGAAAAUAAGAGGGUGCGAGAUGGUGGUGCCGAUGGUAGAUCCUCAUCGACACGAACCAAACAGUCUCAGAACCGCGAGACAGAAAUAGAAGUGACAGAAACCGCAUCUCCACAAAGCCUUCAAGGCGAGAGCUUUCGAGCCAGCCCCAAAAAUCACCUAUUCAGGCACCCACUGCAACCUCUAGAAACUUCACUUUCGCUUUCAAACUCUUCAACAAAGAGUCCUUCAGACCGUGUAGUUGAUGAUGAGGAGAUUGGGUCUAACAACAGAGAUUCACGCACACCUGAGGCUGCAAAUAACAAUGACGUGCAAAGAACGGUUGUGGACGAGAAUAUGGCCGUAGAACAAAUUUGA